UUACAUAACUAGUUACAGAGAAACCGCAAGCAGUUUGAAUCCGAAGUUUGUUUUUUAAUCACUCUAUUAUCCUCAACUUCUCAAAUAAUGGAGCAGUGAGCGACUGACUUACUGUUACCUUGGAAGAAUUACUUCCCUUCUCUGGGAUUCCGUUUUCCCUUCUAAGUACACAUUUCCCAAGUUGUGAGAAGAAUACAUUAGGUUCCAUCUUGCACAGAGCCCACAAAAUAACUAGCAAUGAGGUUAACUUUACUGAAUAAUUACUUAGUGCCAUUCACUAUGAGAUGCACGGAAAUUACCUUAUUUAAUAUACAGCAAUUUAAGAGGCAGAUAAUGUGACUAACCUAUUUCUACAAAUGAGAAACAGGUGCAGAGGGGUUAAGUAACGCGCUGGGUCACAUAAACGAAUACAUGGCAAACUACAAGUUUGCACCAGGAGAAUCUAACUUCAGAUUUCAUGGUCUAAGCUCCUAGACAGAAGUGAGUGGUUUUCUUGCCCCCUUUUACUACAAAGGAAACUACGGUUCGAAGACGAACGAUUUGGCCAAAAGCUCACUUUUAGGCCGCCUGGGCCGGGAGCCUGCGCAAAUCGCUAAUGAAUGAGUGAAGCCCGACCUGAGGUUAACCGCGGCCGCGGUCCCCCAGCUGGGCCUCGGGAGGACCCGCAGUCCGCCCGUAACCCACCCUACUCAUGGCCCCGCUCCGGUCGCCGGCAUCCCCACCCGCUCCCACGCCCCCAGCUAGACCCCGGACUCCAAGAGAGCCCGAGUCCAUGCCCGUGCCCCGCAGGGGAAGGGAAACCCGCCCGGCCGGCUCCCGACUGGCGAGCACUAGCCUCACGCGGGCGACGGCCCACUCGCCGAAGCGUGCAGGCCACAGGGCCUCGUCGUUGAGCCAUGAACAACGCCUCACCCGGUGGCGCCAUUCCUCCUAUUAGAUCCCACCAGGGCCCUAUCCGCCGGCUGACUUCCGCCCGCGAAAGUGGUUCCAAGAGCACGCCAGAGGGUACGCCAAGGACUCGUGGCAGGCUGCGCGCGCUGGGAUGGGAUCUAGGCACAGGAUCUGUAGUCAGGAAGAAGUAGUGAUCCCUUGUGCUUCUGACAAUGAUUCAGCAAGUGUGGAUUGGCAACUGAGCAACUUAGAGGAUAUCAAAAAAGGCCCAAGUACCCUUGAACUUACAGACUGGGACAUCUCUGACAUCCCUGGACUCUCUCAGGAAUCCCUCACAGACAGCUUCAUGCACCUGACCCACCAGGCCCCCCUGAGUGUUGAGAGGCUGAUCCAGUCCAUCCAGCAGUUUUGUAAUGGUGAGCCAAAGAGUGAACUUGAGAAGCAGACAUUCCUAAGAUCUUUGUCUUCUCUCAGCUGAACUUUACCUUAUGAUGAAACCACAGAAUUAUUCAUUCACAGUCACAUAGCGGACAUUGUGCAUAUCCUAAAUGUAGUAUUAUGA